AUGAAUUCGACAAGAUCUAAACUCCUAUACAUCCGCCAAAGUAUAACUAAUAAUGUAAAAGAUACACCCAUUAUUCAAACACCACCAAUGACUGCUUCGAGUGAUAUUGAAUGUGAACCUUUAGCAAAACAUAAAAGAUCUGAAGAAGCUGACCAACUUACCGAAGAAGAAUUCACUAAUACUGACCAUAAAUCUGAUCAAGAAGAACUUAAAAAACCAACCAAAAAAAUAAACCACAAAAAAAUCCCACAUGAAAUCAAACAAAAAACAAAAAUCGCCCUAUUAGAACUACACGUACUAAAAACCCAACUUAUUUAG